UCUUUCCCCAGGCUCAUUCAGUCUGUAUCUGCCAAAUCCUCAUUCUCUUGUAGUUACAGCCCUAACAGGCUGCAGCUGGAGGAAAGGGCAAGGUUCAUGUAAGCAGUUCUGCUGCUCGUACAGAUGUUCGUGUUUCAAAGCCCUGUAGCCACAGGGGUUUCUGCAAGCCCACGGCAUCUCUAGGCCUUGAAUAGGGUUAAAGGUAAAGUAAAGGGACCCCUGACCAUUAGGUCCAGUCGUGACCAACUCUGGGGUUGCGGUGCUCAUCUCGCGUUAUUGGCCGAGGGAGCCGGCGUACAGCUUCUGGGUCAUGUGGCCAGCAUGACAAAGCUGCUUCUGGCGAACCAGAGCAGCGCACGGAAACACUGUUUACCUUCCCGCUGGAGCGAUACCUAUUUAUCUACUUGCACUUUGACAUGCUUUCGAACUGCUAGGUUGGCAGGAGCAGGGACCGAGCAAUGGGAGCUCACUCCGUCGUGGGGAUUCGAACCACCGACCUUCUGAUCGGCAAGCCCUAGGCUCUGUGGUUUAACCCACGGCGCCACCCGCGUUAACCCACAGCCUAACCCUAAUACCAAAAAUGUGGUGGGAGUACAAGGCUUGCUCUGCUGCGGACUUUUUGAGGCACUUUCCAGCGGCCGUGUCCUCCUUUUCUCACAUUGAAUGGAACUGAUCUGCAGAAAAGACCUGAAAAGAAAAGAGACGAUGCAUGUAACCUUUUUGCAACCUAAGAAAUGUUUUAAAGAAAUGGUGCAGGACAUGUUUGCAGCUGUGGGAGCCUAGCCAGACUGGGAAUGCCAACUAUUGCUGGUCGCUCUCGAGUCAGGAGGUGACCAUGGUAAAAACAGUAGCAGUUAUUGGAGCAGGAGUGAGUGGUCUGGCAUCCAUCAAAUGCUGCCUGGAAGAAGGUCUGGAGCCUACCUGCUUUGAGAGGAGUGAUGGCAUUGGGGGACUGUGGCGGUUCAUGGAGUCUGCAGAGGAAGGCAGAGCCAGUAUUUACCACUCUGUGUUCACCAACUCUUGCAAAGAAAUGAUGUGCUAUCCAGACUUCCCCUUCCCAGAGGAAUUCCCAAAUUACAUGCACAACUCCAAGCUUCAAGAAUAUAUCCAGUUGUAUGCCAAACAUUUCGAUCUUGUAAAAUACAUAAAGUUCAAGGCUCUUGUGAGUAAAAUUAGGAAACGCCCGGAUUACCCUGUUACUGGCCAAUGGGAAGUCGUCAUAGAAAAGGAUGGGAAGGUGGAAUCAGUUGUAUUCGAUGCUGUUAUGAUUUGCUCCGGACAUCAUGUUUAUCCGAAUAUUCCAACAAAUAGCUUUCCUGGGAUAGAGAAGUUCAAGGGCAGCGUUUUCCACAGCCGAGAUUACAAGGGGCCUGAAAAGUUCAAGGGGAAGAAAGUCCUGGUGAUUGGCCUUGGGAAUUCCGGCUGUGACAUUGCUGUGGAGCUGAGUGCCACAGCCUCGCAGGUUUAUCUCAGCUCUAGAAGUGGAUCCUGGGUAAUGAGUCGUGUUUGGGACAACGGCUAUCCCUGGGACAUGGUGGUCAUCAGUCGCUUUGAAACCUUCCUCAGGCACAUCCUCCCAACAGCCAUCAGUGACUGGUUGUAUGUGAAGCAAAUGAACAGAUGGUUCAAACAUGAGAAUUAUGGCCUGAUGCCACUGCAUAGAACCUUGCGCAAGGAGCCUGUCUUCAACGAUGACCUCCCAAGCCGCAUCGCAUGUGGAACCGUGGUGGUGAAGCCGAACGUGAAGGAGUUCACGGAAACGUCUGCGAUAUUUCAAGACGGGACUGCGCAGGAAGGCCUUGACUAUGUCAUUUUUGCAACGGGCUACAGCUUUGCCUACCCAUUCAUGGAGGACGAGUCCAUCAUCAAGUGCAGGAAUGACCAAGUCACCUUGUACAAAAGCAUUGUCCCUCCUCUGCUGGAAAAACCCACCCUGGCGGUUAUUGGCUUAGUGCAGUCCCUUGGGGCAGCUAUCCCAACCGCAGACCUUCAGGCUCGGUGGGCCGUGAGAGUGUUUAAAGGUUUAUAUAAGCUGCCCCCGAAGAGCAGCAUGAUGGAUGACAUAGAUGAGAAAAUGGGGAAAAAGCUCAAAUGGUACGGCCAGAGCGAUACCAUACAAACAGAUUACGUUGUCUACAUGGAUGAACUUGCCUCCGGUAUUGGUGUGAAGCCCAACAUUCCAGUCCUCUUCCUGACGGACCCCAAGCUGGCUCUGCAAGUCUAUUUUGGCCCCUGCAGUCCAUAUCAGUUCCGUUUGUCGGGACCAGGGAAGUGGGCCGGAGCCAGAGAAGCCAUCUUGACACAGUGGGACCGAACGCUGAAGGCCACAAGAACCCGUGCCGUAAAGGGCAAUCAGAAUUCUUUCCCGCUCUUUUCUAUGCUCAAAAUACUCGCACUCGCCCUUCUCCUUCUUGCCAUUUUCAUGAUGUUCAACUGAGCAACCUCAGUGCCAAAAUAUACGUGACAGAAUGCUGUGUGGUUUUUAUUGAAAAAGCUGCGUUUUUAUUGAAGAUGUAAACUUUUUCGUGCAAGAGGGGGAAAAGCCCAAAGCAAAUAGCAUGCAUAAUAGGGUGAUGACUUUUACAAUUUUUUUCUCAAAAAAUAUUUCCUGUAGCACAAAUGGAUGAACUUUUGCCUAUUAAUGACUAAAAUGAGGCAUAUUCCAUUGAAAUAUUUAAAAAGGUUACGCA